AUGAGUGAAGUUAUUCGUAUUUGGCGUGCUGGUUGUAUUGUUCAAAUUCUAUUAGCUAUUGAAUAUGGAGCUCAUGUACCAGCAUUAACUGCUAGUUUAGAAUAUUUUAAAUAUGUUAGUAGUACUGAAUUACCAACACAAUUUAUGGAAGCUGAAUUAGAUUAUUUUGGUGCACAUGCAUAUGAUCUUAAAAGUGAAAAUGCAAUGGAUGUUAAGAAAGGAUCACAUCAUUAUGAAUGGAAAAAGCCUUAA